UUUUGUGAUUAGCAGCACACAUAGCUGAAUGGCCUCCUCCUGCUACUACGGGAUACUAUUGAACUUGCACUUAUCAACAACUUCUGAGUCCUGCAAAACAAUCCCUAGAAGGAUUCCUCUUUGUUGCUGCAGAAACAGAUGCUUCUUCCUGAUCAAGACUUUUUGCUUCAGUUAAAGCUUUCCGAGUAAAGAUCGCCAUGUCUGGUGAAUCAGACCCUUACAUCUUCUCCACGGACACCUUACCCAGUGACCUCCGCUUCCUCCCUCCACUGGCAAAUGGGCUGCUGGGAUGGAGGGUGUUCAACAACAUCAUGCACAUGGGUGGUGUGUACAAUGGGGAGGCUGGCCGCUGUCACCGAGCUGAUGUCCCCUGUCCUUUAGCUGUGAGAGUUGAUAUAAAGGAACCAGCCCAGCACACCUACAGCCUGGACACACACACAGGCGUUUUUACUCACACAAUGAGCUCAGCAAGCGUAACUGUGUCACAGUCUUUGUAUUCACACCGAUACUACUCCAACCUGAUGGUGAUGGAGGUCCUGCUGGUGCGUCAGGUGACGUCAGAGGAGCCAAUCACUGUUAAUCUGGUCAGUUCGUACACACCUCAGAGCAAAGACAUUGUUUUUCAAUCUGGACCUGAUUACAAAGGCGGAAGCCACAUCCAGGGAAAGACAACCAGUGCUGAGAUCCCAGGAGGUUCCUGUCCUGAAGUGCACCUGAUCUGGACACCGGUACCCUCCUCUCUGACACUGCUUCCAGAGCAGAGUCAGGCCCGCUGGGGCUUUAUCCUGAUCGUGGCCAACAGUUUAGACACAGCUGAGGCCUGUUUUGACGAGGGUCUGAAUCUGAUGUCGACUGGUAACCUUCGUCCUUCCCACGAGAAGGCCUGGAAGGAACUGUGGCUGCAGAGCCAGGUGGAGGUGGUUGGUUCAGAGAGCCUCUGCAAGGCUCUAAUUGGCUGCUUGUUCUACCUCCUCAGCGCCUUCCCCUCCAUACAUGACACCUCUAGUUCCUUUGGUGGGGUAAGUCCAGGUGGACUGUCUAAUGGUGGGGAUGGUCAGGACUACUGGGGCCAUGUCUUCUGGGACCAGGACAUUUGGAUGUAUCCUGGCAUAGCCCUUUUCUAUCCAAAGCUGGCGCGAGCUGUGCUGGAGUAUAGGGUGGGGACAAUAGAUGGUGCAAAAGACAACGCCCAAAGGCAGGGCUAUAAGGGACUUAAGUUCCCAUGGGAGAGUGCUGUGUCAGGGAGGGAGGUGUGUCCGGAGGACAUCUAUGGGCAACAGGAGAUUCACAUCAAUGGGGACGUGACCCUGGCCUUCCAACACUAUCUCUACCUCACUGGGGACAUAUCCAUGUUCACAGAGGGCAGGGGCAGGGAGGUGGUAUUUGGUGUGGCUGAUUAUUGGGUUUCCAGAGUCACAUAUAAACCUGAGGACCAAAAAUACCAUCUCUUGGGUGUCAUGCCUCCUGAUGAGUACUAUUACAAUGUCAACGACUCUGUUUACACCAACACAGUGGCCAAAUUCAGUUUACAGUUUGCUGUCGAGCUGGCUGCCCUCCUCCAACAUCCUGCACCAAAGGAGUGGCAAGAAGUGGCAGAAAACCUCAAAAUACCUUUUAAUGAAGAAUCCCAGUACCAUCCUGAGUAUGACGGCUACAUUAAAGGGCAUCCAGUGAAACAGGCAGAUGCAGUGAUGUUGGGCUAUCCUCUUGGAUUGCCAAUGUCCCUAGAGGUCAGGAAAAAUGACCUUGAAGCGUAUGAGCCAGUGACAGACCCUAAUGGUCCGGCCAUGACAUGGGGUAUGUUUGCAAUUGGCUGGCUGGAGCUGGGGGAGGCAGAGAAAGCUCAUGUUUUGCUAGAGAAGUGCUUCAGCAACAUCCAGGGACCAUUCCAGGUAUGGAGUGAAUCAUCAGAUGGAUCAGGUGCUGUUAACUUUCUCACUGGUAUGGGAGGAUUCUUGCAAGCUGUGCUGUUUGGUUACACUGGCUUCAGAGUUCAGAGGGAGUGCCUGGCUUUUUCUCCACUUCUCCCCAAGGACAUUUCUGAGCUCUACGUCCGUGGAGUAGACUACUUGGGCUGUCAGAUGGACUGGCUGCUGAGAAAAGAUGAAAUCUGCAUCAUACUGAGGGAACAGGCCAGCAAUGCUACAUCCUAUGAUCUACAUGUGGUCUUGAAGGGAUCAGGAACUAAAAUCCCUCUCAUCCGAGGUCAGCCUGUAACUUUUCCUCGAGAGCCUGGAUAUGUUUGCAAGACAGCUUCACCGUCUCCCUGUUGGCCUUUCUGAAACAGAAUCUGUGACCAUCCUGACGAUCACAUGUACCAAGAAUAAGAAUAUGUCCUCAAGUUAUUUUAUACAACAGCUCUUGUUAAUUUGUACGUUGCCAUUCACCACGGACAACAUAUAAGCAUUAAAUGAAAGUGGACUGUUUUUCUUGAUUUGAUUAAAGAAAAUACAAAAAGA